AUGGAGAAUUUUCCUGUUGAAGUAAUUGGUAUCAUAUUAUCCCAUCUUGGGUCUGCUAGGGAUAUUGUGAUUGCAUCCUUAACUUGCAAGAAAUGGAAAGAUGCUUGGCACAAUUACCUCCACGCUCUUUCUUUCAAUACUCGUGAUUGGCACAUAUAUGGCGAAGUUUGUUCUGGUCACUUGGAAAUGUUUAUCACUUGUACACUUUUUCAAACUAGAGGAUUGCAGUGCUUAACAAUUUUAAUGGAUUAUGACCAUGUGUUUAAUGUUACUCCUGUCAUUGCUUGGGUUAUGUCUACAAGGGAUACUUUGCGCCAGCUGCGUUAUAAUGUGAGAACAUGGCCUGAUUUCAAUAUCAUUGAUAAAUGCGGCAGGGAAAGAUUGGAAGUUUUGUCCUUGGCUCGUAACCCUAUCUUGCGUGUUGACCCAAGGUAUCACAAAUUUCCUUGCUUGAAGUCGUUGUCGUUGAGUUCCGUUAGCAUCUCGGCGUUGGAUUUGAGUCUUCUGCUUUCUGCAUGUCCGAAACUUGAAACUUUUUCUAUAGUUAGUCCAGAUAUCGCUAUGUCGGAUUUGCAGGCUUCCAUAGAGCUCAACAGCUCUUCUUUGAAGGAGUUCUUUAUCGAGUCAUUUGUUGUCGAUAGAUUCAUAUUGGAAGCGGAAUCACUCGAGAAUCUACAUCUGACAGAUUGUACCUUUGAGGUUUUCGAAUUGAUCGGUAAAGGGACAUUGAAAGUAUUGAAGAUCGAGGAUGUGAGUGUUAUCCAUCUCGACAUUGGGGAUAGUACGGAGAACCUUGAGAUUCUAGAUGUUUUUCACUCCACAAUUUUGUGGCCGGAAUUUUAUAACAUGAUCUCGAAAGCGUCAAAUUUAAAAAAGCUUAGACUGUGGAGUGUUGUUUUUGAUAAUGAGGAUGAGGUUGUUGAUAUAGAAACCAUUUCUGCUUGUUUUCCAAGACUAACACACCUUUCCUUAAGUUAUGAUUUAAAAGAUGGAGUGCUUCAUUAUGGCUUGCAGGGUUUGUCUUCUCUUAUGAAUGUGGUUGUGUUAGAACUUGGAUGGACUACAAUCAGUGAUCUUUUCUCAGUUUGGGUAGCUGGACUUUUGGAAGGAUGUCCUAACCUAAAGAAAUUGGUCAUUUAUGGUUACAUUGCUGAGGUUAAACCACAUGAAGAGCUUCAAACUUUUUCUAGAUUUUCUGAAUUCAUGCUUCAACUAGUAAGAAAAUAUAGUCAUGUAAAGUUUGAUUUUCAUUAUGAGUAGUAGGUUCAGCCACACUCAAUCAUUGCUGUCAAAGUAUCAAUCUCAUUCAACAAGGAAGGUACUUCCAUGUUCCCUGACUUUCUUGUGUCCUUUUCCUCAAGUAGCCCAAACAUUGUUCAUUUCUAGUUAUAGAUUCUUGUUUUUUUUAAUUAAGAAAGUUAAAGGUUCUCUGUAGAAGAAAGAUUUCCUUUUCUUUUUGUGUAUCUUCAGCUACCAUUUCAACCUAAGGUUUUAAA